CGCCCAAAGCGCUCCCAGCACCUCGAAGCCUUCUCCCUACUCCAAACCUGAUCGAGCUCCUCACAGCACGCUAAGAUGGACUUCUGCUUUUUCAUCCCCGUUAUUUUUGGCUGCCCAAACAAGAUCAAGCAGGACGACGACCACACACCAUACCUCUGCCCAAAAUGUCACAAUCCACAAUUGGUCAAGGCGCGGUCUCGUACUUGGUUUGAGCUUUGCUGGAUACCACUGAUCCCAAUGAAGAAGCACGCCAUUUACAUCUGUGGGAUCUGUCAAUUCCGAGCAGACCAGGACAAAUUGUAAGUACCACGAAAAGCUGUUCAAGGAUGACCAGCGACGUCCUGCCUUCCUGAUGCUCUUGUUGGAUCAGAUGCUGACACUACAGCACCCCUCUCUCCUUGGCUAUUGCAGCCAGCCGCAGCCAGCUGGAGGCGGAGGCGGCCACUUCCACGGCGGCGGGUACCCUCAGCAGCCGUACAUGCCCCAAGGUGGUGGCUACCCUCCGAGAGCCUAAUCAUU